UACGCGCGUCGUCUGGCUUGGAUGCUGCUGGUUGGAGAUGUUCCGUCUGCUGCAGUUCGGGCUGCUGUCUGCCCUGACCAGCGCGCUCACGUCGGUGCUGUGCGCGCUCCUCCUGCUCGCCCUAACGCGCGUCCUGUGGAGCUUCCGCUGGAGGCUGACGAGGGACCCCAGCAGCAGCCUCCCCCUGCCGGAGGGCUCCAUGGGGUGGCCGCUGGUCGGAGAGACCCUCCACUGGCUCGUCCAGGGCUCCAACUUCCACAUCUCUCGCAGGCGGCGCCAUGGCAACGUGUUUAAGACCCACCUCCUGGGCAAGCCCGUCAUCCGGGUGACGGGCGCCGAGAACAUCCGCAAGAUCCUGCUGGGGGAGCACAGCCUGGUGUGCACGCAGUGGCCGCAAAGCACGCGCAUCAUCCUGGGCCCCAACACGCUGGUCAACUCCAUCGGCGACGCCCAUAAGAGGAAGAGGAAGGUCCUGGCCAAGGUGUUCAGUCGGGGGGCUCUGGAGUCCUACCUGCCCCGUCUGCAGGACGUGGUGUGCUGCGAAGUGGCCAAGUGGUGCUCGCGGCCCGACGCCAUGGAUGUUUACGCCGCCGCCAAGUCGCUGACGUUCCGCGUGGCCGUGCGCGUGCUGCUAGGUCUGCAGCUGGAGGAGGCGCGUGUUGUCUACCUGGGCCGCAUCUUUGAGCAGCUGAUGGACAACCUCUUCUCACUUCCCGUAGACGCUCCACUCAGCGGCCUCCGCAAGGGGAUCAAAGCCAGAGAGAUCCUACACGCCAACAUGGAGAAGAUUAUUGAGGAGAAGAUGGAACGUCAGCAGGUGCAUGAUGACCAUCUGGACGCCUUCGACUACAUGCUUUCCAGCGCCAAGGAGCACGGCCAGGACCUCAGCAUCCAGGAGCUCAAGGAAACGGCAGUGGAGUUGAUCUUCGCCGCUCACUCCACGACCGCCAGCGCCUCCACCUCUCUGCUCCUGCAGCUCCUUCGCCACCCGGCCGUAGUGCGGCGGCUCAAAGCUGAGCUGGACUCUGAGGGCCUCGCGGGUGCUGGCUGUUCCCCCGCCGCCGCAGACCCCGAUGACGGUCCACCUCGGGCGCACCUGAGCCUGGACAAGCUGAGCCAGCUCCGCUACCUGGACUGUGUGAUCAAAGAGGUCCUGCGCUUCCUGCCGCCAGUUUCUGGAGGAUACCGGACCGCCCUACAGACAUUUGAGUUGGACGGCUACCAGGUCCCCAAAGGCUGGAGUGUCAUGUACAGCAUCAGGGACACGCACGAGACCGCCGCCGUCUUCCACAGUCCCCAACUCUUUGAUCCUGACCGUUUUGGCCCGGACCGCGAGGAAAACCGCUUGUCUCGCUUCAGCUAUGUGCCGUUUGGCGGCGGCGUGCGGAGCUGCGUGGGCAAAGAACUGGCCCAACUGGUCCUAAAGACUCUUGCCGUGGAGCUGGUGGGCACGUGCAAAUGGACCCUGGCCACCGAGGACUUCCCCAGGAUGCAGACGGUGCCCAUCGUGCACCCUGUCAACGGACUGCACGUGCGCUUCGCUCACAGCGACCCGCUUUAAGACGCCGCUGGACCAAAAGACCGUUUCACCUUCAGCCGAGGACCUUCUGGGACUUCUCAGGUGACCCCCCGCCCCCCGGUUCCUGUGUGGGAAGGAGUCUUACUCAGGAACAUCUCAGUGUGAGAAGAUCUGGAAGAACCCCUCAUGGACCUUCUGCCAACAUGUUGUGUGCACCAUGAGCUGGUGUGCCAGUAAGUGCGUAGGCCAGGGGUGUCCAAAGUGCAGAGUGGGGGCCAUUUUCAGCCCGCAGCUUGUUAUUUUAUUGGCCCUUGGCUUAUUGUAAAACAUAAAAUACAUGGAUUAUGAAUGAGAUAUACAGUAUUAUUAGAUAUUACACUCAUUUGCUUUGUUAUCUAUAACACAAAGCUAAGGUGUUAGCUUAGCAUAUUUUCACCUGCAUUGGAUUGCUUUUAGCAUCUUUAACCCAUAAGAAUCCAUUUUCAAGUCAAAUGAAAAGUAAAACACAAGUGAAAUACGAAUAAUUGAUGAAAGAUGUUCCAUACAGUACAUGUUGCUAAGUUCAUGCUACAUGUGUUCUUAACUCGUGUAGCACAAAUGUACUUUCAAUUGAACAAAGAACGUACAGUCAAUCCUCAGGUUUUGUACGCCACAGGAAAUGGCAAUUUUAAACAAAUACAUUUUCAUCGAUCUGUGACUUAUGUGAACCCCGAGUUGCGUGGGGGUGCGAGGGCCCGUUCAACGCUGCUCGCAGCUUUAAUUUCACUUUGUUUUCUGCAUGUAAAACUAUAAUUAUUCUCUAUGAAAUGUAUUUUUUGUUAAUGUUUUUGGAUGUCUGGAACAGGUUCUUUGGAUUUACAUAAUUUCCGAUGGGAAAAAUGGCUUCACGUUUUGGACGUGCGAACUUAUUGGAACACGUUAAAGGAAAACUGCACUUUUUAAAAAAUCAUCCAUCAUCCGCAAUCCUUAUGUGAGACAUAAACACACUGUGCAUUCUAAAGAUAUAAAAACAGCUAAAAAGAGGCAGCUAAGAAUGCAUGUAAUGGGACGCACCUAUUCCGCCUGAAAAAACCCUCCAAUAAGCUCCAACAACGCCCCUUUUAGAUCAUGUGACCUGCAUAGUAACCAAUGCAGCAAUGUUGUUAUUAUUAUUGUUAUUAACAUUGUUACGCCCAAGAACUACGUUACGGGCGUAGUGACACCUCGCCACACCACACCGGCUAGCUACUAGCCCGCUAACGACUAGCUUCACCACACACUCGCUCACAAUGCCUCAGGCCACUAGUGAAAGGUAACGCUACAUAUUGGAGCUGCCGCCACUGCUGCUGUGUUUUUGUUUAUCAUGCUAGCUGUAGCGUUCCUUUCCAUGUUGCUAUGUGAAAUCAACACACCCAGGAAGGAAGUUCCGCUAAUGCUUCAAAUGAGCAAAAUAGUGUAAGUAUGACAUGUUAUCAUGAAUGUAGCUGUUACUACAUGCUCACAGCAUGGAUAGAAAACCAUAAAACCUUGCUGGAGCUUUUUGGAGGUGUUUUAAUAGCGGCCUUUCUAGGCGGAAUAGGUGUGUCCAUCAGGUGCAUUAAUGAGCUGCCUCUUUUUAGCUGUUUUCAUAUCUUUAGAAUGCACAGAAGAGAAAGACGAGUGUUCAUGUCUCACAUAAUGAUUGUGGACGACGGGCAAAAUUCCCCCCCCCCAAAAGUGCGCUUUUCCUUUAAUGAGGAAAACCGUGAUUCUACUGUAUAGUCAGUCAAAUUCUUAUAAAAUGAUUGUAAAAUAUUCUGUAACAUUUGUGAGACUGACAUUUAUUGAGUGUCUUACGAGCCUUAUUUUGACAAAUACAUCACGUCAAGCUUUCCAUAGAGCGAUUUGAAGGCCAAACGCCUGACAGCGAUAUUUCCCGAACUGGUUUCCUAUGAAUUCAUUGAAGAAAUACAGUAAGAAGAGUCGAGCUGUAACAUUUGACACCCUGUUCAAGCGUUCAAAUUGUUAAAUGGGGAAGUCACAUGACAGCCGCUCCUAAAGGUUCAAGUGCAAAGCUGUGUAGAACACUUGUGAACGUAUGGAAGGUCUUCUUAUGGGUUGAAGUAUGAAAUGUCUGUGCAUUUUUGCGUACAAGUUUGGACACCCCCGGUGUAGGUGCUGUGAAAUGAAGUAGAAGUUUGAAUAAGCUGUUGCUGUACUGCGUGAUAGAGACAGGGGUACCUAAUAAUAUGAUGAUGAAUGAACGAUGGAAGGAGUUAGCACUUUGUCUACGUGGUACUCGUCUCUCCCAUGUUGUAUAUCUUUGGGUAGAUGUUGUCCAUGAACGAUUACAUUGUUGUGCUGUGUUGUUUUUGUCUGAAUGCUCGCACACACACACACGCACGUACACACACACA